UAGCCUCCUGUUCUUUCGACAGUCUGUGUCGUGCGUGGCCCUCCAAGGACGCCUAGCCAAUAUCGAAACUCCACCGGCUGCUGGACCACGCCGGUUCGUCCGCUCUUCAGUCUGUGGAGACUCAUCUACUCUACUUACGGAGUAGACUUGACGGCUGUCAGAGCUUGGCCCGGUUGACCGUUGACGAGACCGUCUCCUGUCGCACGGGGCAGACGUUCGAAAUCAGGAAGAUCAGAGCAGGCAUAAGGGCUGCUCGAUAAUCAGGAACCUUGCGCGCUCUGGGAUCUUCAUCGCGCCCGCGUUUCUUCUCGGGUCGAGCUCUUAUUAACUUACCCGACGCUCCCUUUGCGGUGAUGCCCUUCUUCCGACAGAUCCUGGCCUUCUCUCAAUGAACGACCGCAUCGGUCUCUCCAGCCUGGGCGAUCGAACUAUGCAGCAUAUUGGGCCUGUCCAGCAGGCCGUGUACACGCAGCUGCCAGUUGCGCAAUCGCCUGCUGGGUCAUCCGCGUCCGCUCUGCACAGGCCCUCGUGCGGGAACGGGCCCCAACCGCGUCCUAACGCCCCAUCAUCCGCGCAGAUUGACAGUUCACGCGACGUUUUGAUGGUCGACAGCAGUGACAGCGCGACGGAGAAGGGUCGCUUCGAGGACCAGAGAGAUCUGGUCGGCCGGACUAUGGAUGUCCGAGCGUUGUCGCCCAAGCGCGGGCCGAUAACACAGUCAAGCGCGAUCGCGGGCGGACUUCAGCAGUCGUCAAGCGAUCUUUCUCAGACCACGAGCGAGAUGGCUGAUGCGAAUCUUACGCCUUUGACUUCAGUUUCUUCCAGUGGCUUUUCUACUCAGUCUGAGUCCCAGUCAUCUUCGCAAGCGGCAACCGACAGAGCCAGAGUCCUGAAGACGGAGAACGCGGAGAUGACAUUGGCGUAUGAAACACCAAGCAAUGGCACGUUUUUGAAGCCGCAUCCUCUGAGUCCUACGAGAUCGACACUGGCAUCCCGUCCUGAGCCAGUUCAUGGUCAGAAGAGAAAUGCAGCCGGCGAGGUGAAGCUUCCAUCAGACGGAAAGAUGCAGCGGACCCCGGAUAUCGGUCGAUUCUUGAGAGGUCAUAGUAGAACGAUGAGUGCGGGUUCCAAUGGGAGUAUGAUAGCGGAGCUAUCUGCACAGCUUCGUGCUCGUCUCUCAUACGCCGCUGCGAAGGUGGAAAAAGGCUGGCAGUUGCGAGAUGGUGACAUCCAGCGUUCGCGUCUGAGCGGUUCCCCUUCGUUAACUCCCACCUUGAAUGGAUCAAGAGAGCGUGUCCCUUCUGACAGCGGGAAACUCUUACGUCGUGGCUCUUCGGACGGCACAAUAACGUCUCCGCGUCUUUCAACUGGGACUUAUCUCUCGCGGCUGCCGAACGGUGCUGCAGAUAUAUCUCGGCCUUCCACCGCAGAUAUUGGAUCGUCGUCAUAUCCAAGAUCGCCGCCCAGCAUUCGACCUCAAACCUCCCCCGUGAAACUGCAACAACCCCCUAAACUUGCGCCGCCUGUAGACAUUGUAUCCGGCAGUGGAAAUAACGCUCGUCGGCGUCCGAACCCGAACUCAACCUCUAUUACUUCGAACUACAACCCAUAUCCUCGUCACCGCCGCCAUCAUUCAGAGCAGCAGUUCAGGAUAUCUAACUCAUCUUAUCCCACGAACGAUGUUCGAGUUCCGGGAACACCUCCUCUUCGGCCAUCUCAAUUCGCAUCUCGUCUUCAAGUUUCUACUCCUUCGACUUCAAGCAGUAUGUUCCCAAAACAAAGGACGCCAUCCCAAAAUGCCUUGAUGGAACAAGAUGCCAUUGAGACACUUCUGUUCAUGUCCAGUCCUGAAAACUCUGGAUAUCACAAGAAUUCACAACAACGGCAGACGCAUCUCAGCACCAGUAUCGAAGCACAAAUGGAAUCUGGCCUGGAUCCCAGCACCCAGGCAUCUCAACCUUCAGAUGUUAGUGGAAACCACAGGACACGGAAAGUCAUGUUCAGGGAGGGAAGCGUGAGCGGUAUCUCUGGGCGAUCAAAUUCAGCCGUAGGCCUCGAAGCGCAAGCGGGAGAUGAGAUCGAUCGGUUAUUGGACCAGAUGGACGACAGCGAUAGUGAGAGUGAAAGACCAUCUUCCCAAUUCAACCAUGGGGUGAGAGAGACUCCUGCUGAUGGCUCUGCGAGGCGAGACCCACCUGAGUACUGGAGGCAGCGUUCAUCCUGAUCCUUCAGAGGCGAAUUUCUGCAGAUCGGGAUCUCAAAUGAGAAAACUUGUCACGAAUUCACG